AGUGUAGUACCGAUGCCAUUUUUUUCUGUUUAAUUGUGUGGGUGUGGUGGUCAGGGGACAAGUUGCAGGUGUCAUUGUCUCCUUUCACCAUGUGGGUCCGGGGUAUCGAACUCUACUCUGGCCGUCAGGAUUGGCGGCAGGUGCCCCAACCCGCUGAACCAUCUUGCUAGCUGUUUCUCUUCGCUGCUCAGCUUCCAGGCCCUUCUAGGUUCCCAGGGCGCUAUGGUCGAUGGGGAGGGUCUCCUACACCACUGGGUCCAGGGCCUUAGGAUUACCAAACACCUGUGGGAGUCGAAUCCCAGGAAGCUAGGGGGUUGCUUAGCGCAAAGCGUAGGAACCGAAGUCGGAAAGUGGAUAUCGACUGCCACGGGCCAGUACGGUUCCGCGCCCCUUCCCACUCACGAGACAGGCUGGCCCAGCUGGACUCUGUUGCUCCUUUCUGUCUGCCCGUUUGUUCAUUUACCACAUUUUGGGCAGGUGACUGUCUCUGUUUUUCACCUACACAAAGACUACCUUCCACCGAGUGGAGUGAGGGAUCAGAGACGCUCUACAGACGCUUCUCAGCGCGUAACCGCUGAGAAGUGGAGGCUUCGUACUUGUUCCUCAGAUGGCUGGUGUACGCUAGGAACAGUGCCCUCGAGAGGCAUACCCAGUUCUCUUCGGCCAUGGGAAACCCCCACGGCAGGCGGCAUCCUGCACAGGCACGUGGGUGGGCCUCAUCGCGGCUCCCCAUGGAACUGAGCUCAUCCACCUGGCUCCGCACUUAGCUCCUAGCCUGAGUUUCAGUCUGAUCACUCGAGAAGUGGAAAUUUCACUCUGCCGCUUUAAGGAGUCCCUGACCACCGUGCGGCGGAAAGCCCGGAUGAGGCUUUCGGCUUGGGCAAGGCGUCUCCGUGACGUCAUUCUGGCUUUAAAAGAGCUGGGGCUCUGAGCACGCCCGCUCCGUGUCUUCCAGGUUUUUAUGUUGUGUGUACUGUCAGGGGAGCUCCCGUUCGAGCCGUCAUGGAAAUGCAGAAAGAAGCGCAGCGCAUCAUGACCCUGUCGGUGUGGAAGAUGUACCACUCUCGCCUGCAGCGCGGUGGCUUGCGUCUCCACCGGAGUCUGCAGCUGUCCUUGGUCAUGCGUAGCGCCCGGGAGGUCUACCUCUCCGCGAAGGUGGAGGCCCACGAGUCCGAGUCCUCGCCACCCACCCGGUCCCUCGACCCUCGCCUGCACCCACUGCGGGAAGCCGAAGUUGCAGUGGGUGCAGCACCCCCCGACGGCAAGUUGCCUCCUCCAGAGCCCAUGGACACACAGGAAGACGCGCCGCGGGCUGGGGAGACCUUUGCCCGUUGUGACCUGCGCUCCUCCAGAGUCAGCCGCAAGCGCCGGAGCAGCAGUAGUCUGAGUGACGGUGGUGACACUGGACUGGCCCCGAGCAAGAAAGCCCGUUUAGAGGAGGUGGAGAGCCAGGCGUCGUCACAGGUCUCAGGUCGCCUGCAGCCUCCACCCGCACAGGCUGAGGACGCCUUCCCCAACUUGGCGCGGGUCCUCCAGAGGCGUUUCUCCGGCCUGCUGAAUUGCGGCCCAGUCGCGUCCCCGACGGCGCCUAUGGCUCGUGAGUCAAAGCCUGCUUGCCGUCCGGCCGAUGGCGUAGUCAACGUACUGGUCCGCGCGGUGGUGGCUUUCUGAGGACCCGCAGGGCGCUACCGCAGAGGAGAGCGCACACCUGAGGCGAGGCCCUCCGGAGGGAAUGCCGGCGGGGCGGUCGAGAGGAGCCGCCGCCCGGAGCCGCGGAGAGGCGGGGAGAGAACUCUGCCGCGGGGGCCGUCGCCAUUCGCGAGGAGCCGCUCGGAUGAGCUGGCGGCGCAGGCGCCUUCGCCCAAGUGCUGCGUCUACAGGUGCUGUUCAUAGACGGGGACGUGGCCUGGCCUCUCCUUCCUGGUUUGGUAGGAGAGAGGUCUAGUUCUUCAAUCUCAGGGUCGGACUCUUUCGAGGGGGGCCGUGUUGCCCUAUCUAGGUUUUUCACUAAUGUAUGCGUUUCCAACCUCAGAAUUCCAGGCACUCCCUGUCUCCUCCGUUGACAUAACUGUGCAAGUUGUAUUCAUUGCGUCAUGGAGCAGACGUGGGAAGCUUCCUGUUGCCUUACGUGGGUGUGGGGCCUGGGAGGAGGGUCAGGGUGUGAGCCCGCCCUGGGGAUUGUGAAGUGACUAAGUAGCCUCGCCCCCGCGGGCUGCUGAUGGUUUAGCGCUUCUGCACCUUCCGCUCGGUGGUGGGAAUCAGCUAAUAUCAUAUUAAAGUUCGCAUUUGCUGCGUGGAGAAGAGCGCGUCGGAAGCCUGGGGAGACCCGGACGCUGUAGGCGCAGACUGCCUCAGGGUGAACCUCAGUGGGGGAAGUUGCCACUCGCCCGGCAGCCUGGAGAGGAAGUCCUUGCACCUUGGGGUGGGUUAAGAUGCCCAUCUAUCUAUAACUGGCGUUUUAUCAGUGAACUUGGAAAAUAAAGACCAUUUGAUAAAAGCG